AAGGUGGGAGAGGGUGGAAGGCAGAAGGUGAAUUCACCUAAUGGGGCCAUGACAUUUGACGUCGCCCGUUUCGUUUCCCACCGUUUCCCCCUCACCAAAUCCCUCCUCUUCCCUCCCUCUGUCUCUCCCAUCAAUCCUCAGCUCUGUUUCCCACCCACACCGUACACACAAGCUGCUCUUACCGUUCCUUCUCCCUCCCACGGAGAAGCCUCAACUCACAGACUCAACCAAUGAAGGCCUUUGUUUGCCAUCGUAAUUUACGGACCUCUCUCCUUGUAAUCGCAAUUUGUCUGUUCUCUUGUUCGUCCGCCCUCAAGAUCGGAGAAACCUGUGGGUCGCAGAACAAAUGCGAUGCCGGCCUCACUUGCCAGACGUGCGCUGCGAAUGGGAAUACCCGACCCCGAUGUGCCCGGAUCCAGCCUACGGGUCCCGCUGCCAAGGUGAAAGGUUUGGCGUUUAAUCGGUAUUCGUGGCUCACCACUCACAACUCUUUCGCCCUCGCCGGAGCUAGAUCGGCCACCGGUUCUUUCCUCAUAACUCCUAUGAAUCAGGAAGACACUGUUGCCGCUCAACUCCAGAAUGGCGUUCGAGGACUUAUGUUGGACAUGUAUGACUUUCAGAAUGAUGUGUGGUUAUGUCACUCGGCUCAAGGCAAAUGUUACAACUUCACUGCAUUCCAACCUGCCGUUAACGUGCUCAAAGACAUUCGAUCCUUUCUGGACAAGAAUCCCUCAGAAAUUGUCACCAUCUUCAUUGAGGACUAUGUCACAUCCCCCAACGGCCUAACUAAGAUCUUCCAAGCUUCUGGCCUCAGCAAGUAUAUGUUCCCACUGUCUCGGAUGCCCAAGAAUGGCGGAGAUUGGCCUACUGUCGAUGACAUGGUGCAGAAGAAUCAACGCUUCGUUGUCUUCACCUCCAAAUCUUCCAAGGAAGCUUCCGAGGGCAUUGCUUACCAGUGGAAAUAUGUGGUUGAAAAUCAAUAUGGAGAUGAAGGGAUGGUAGCAGGUUCGUGUCCAAAUCGCGCGGAGUCGCCUUCAAUGAACACAAAAUCAAGGUCCCUGGUUCUCCAGAACUUCUUUCAUUCUGCCCCCAAUCGAUCUCAAGCUUGUGCGGACAAUUCUGCUCCAUUACUUAACAUGAUGAAGACUUGCUACGAUGCAGCUGGCAAACGAUGGCCAAAUUUCAUUGCUGUUGAUUAUUACCAGAGGAGUGAUGGCGGAGGAGCCCCAGAAGCUGUUGACGAAGCCAAUGGUCAUCUGACUUGUGGGUGCGACAACAUUGCGUAUUGCAAGGCAAACGCUACGUUUGGCACUUGUGAUGCUCCUCCCGUUUCUCCGCCUCCACCUGCUGCAUUGGAGGCGUCCGGAGGGAACCCGCCACCCCAAACUGCUGCAAACUUAGCUGACGUGGACAAACCGGCCAAGUUACUGCAAGGAAUAUUACUGGCCACGGUGACGAUCUUCGCAUGGUUAUAGGAUGUAUCCUUUGCUCCACAUUUUGGGCAUGUGAAUAUAUUGGUUUGUCUGUUCAUUUUUCAUUCUGAGAAUUGUGGGGAAUUGGGAGUCUUUUCCCCCUUAAUGUGGCUCUCUUCGCGGUUAUUUAUCAUGACUAGCUUUGUUUAAAUGUGCACAUAUUCCUAUGGUUCUUUCUGUCUAUUAUUAUGUGCUGCCUUUGUAUU